CGAAUGCAAGGAGCAUAUGUGAAGAGGAUUAAUGCCUCUCCUAGCCUACAUAUUAGGAGUAAUUCUAAUAGACUUAAGAAACCAAUUAAAUUAAAGGAGUAUGAUUACAGUAUCGAUUUGCAAGGGAAUUAUCUAAAUUUUGGCCAACCAUCUUGCUUCCACCAUGUUUCCAAAGAACAUCCCAAGAAUAGUAUUUGACAGAAUAUUGAUGUGGGUAGAGACUCUUCCAGAUCAGUGACAAGAGAUAUCAAUCAUAGAAGUAUUUCACCACUUUCGAAGGAAAGAGAGAGAGGAAGUGCAAUGAAGUUGAGAAAGACAGUAAAGAGCUCACAUAAUGUUGGCAGACUGAAACUUAAUAGAGUCCCAAUUGCUAAGCCACAGACUUCUUAUCAUAAGAGUUUUAAAAGUUUUCAUAAGUCUCAUAAGAGAGUAUCGUAUUAUGAUACAAAUGCUGGAAGUGCAUAUUUUGGAAAUACAAUCAAAGAUAAGCAACAUUUGGAUUUCAAUGAACUCAUUGAUGGCCAAGAGGAGAACAAUUUUGUGACAAUGAAGGUUAAUAACAAUGUUAAAAAUAAUUUGGUGCCGAAUAAUUAUCGCAGUGAGUGAGAGGAAAAUAAAAUUAAAAAUAAUUCAAACCAAGCUCCUAAAAUUAGCAAACAAAGAAAUCCUAGCUUAUUAAAGACCAAAUAUGCCCGUAAGAACAAAUCUGUGCUGUUACGUAGGAAACACUGGAACACUUCUUCUAAGAAGGGCAAAAGGUCUGAUUCUCCUUUGAACUUGAGCAAGAAGGAGUUUGGGCAGGAAUACAGAGCUGUGUUGGAUAAACUAUUAGAGCCUAAACUGCCUAACAACAGGGAGCUUAAGUGCGAUCCUUCGUAUGAAUACGCUCAAAGAGCAAUGAAGCUGAGGGUAAUGAAGCUGAGGGUAAUGAAGAAGGUUGACUUAAUCCAGAAUAAGGGAUUCCUGAAACUCAUGAGGAGGAAAACAACCCUUGCUGAUAUCAGGAUGAUCUUGGCCAUAAUGAAUAACAAGGGUAAGAGGAAGUUCUCUAUGCUUGAAGUUGACUAUAAUUUGGGGAUUAAAUAAGUCCAUGGUGAAGAGAGUGAAAUUUUGGGUGUAUUUGAG